ACGCGAGCCACGGACGAGUGUGGGUCGCGCUCGCGCGCGCGUGCGUGUGCAGAUUCUAUACCGUCGGCGUUUUGCAUCAGUGGGCGUAAUUGGUGCCCGUCGUCGCCGUCGGCGGAUUGACGGUCGACGACGACGUCGACGCGGCGACUUCUCGGCCCCGCGAACGCCGUCGCGUUUCGCGUGAAGAUCCGCGGACGUUGAUAAGCCGCGAGUGAUAACCGCGCUUGUACGCCACGCCGAGAGAGACGUCUCGCCCCGCGCGCGGCGCGCAGAGAUCCGCGAUGCGGGCUCGAGUGCCGCGAUAACUUAGCCGCGUACGUACAUACAUACAUAACGCGAUUACGUGCGCCGUAGACGUACGCAACAACGCGGCGCGACGCGACGCGGGAAAAACCGGAUGCGCGUGUCGACGACGAGGAGGAGCGGGGGUGCCGACGCGGGAUGAGCGCGAGAGAAGUCACCCUCUUCGGCGGGUCCCCCUGGGGCUUCCGCAUGCACGGCGGCUGCGACACGCAUCAACCCCUGCGCAUCUCCAGGGUGAAUCCGGGAAGCAAGGCGGCUCAACAGGGGGUGAGAGAGGGUGAUCUGAUCAGUAACAUUAACGGAAGGAGCACUCGAGAUCUGACCAACAGCGAGGCGCACGCUCUGCUACGUAAUUCUGGGGAGCAGUUAAAACUCGGUCUUAAUCAAGAAAAUAUCGGCUCGCCGAAGAGGAGGAUCUACAGGAGCAGUCUGCAGGAGAACACCACCACCGAAAUUCAGAAUAAGAUCACCACAAGGACCACAACUACAACGCGCACACGGACGGAGGCGGAUAAGAACGUUACCAAUGACACAAAAGUCGAGCAGAGCUACGCCAAUCAGAACGGCGCUCUGAAGAGCUGCCCGAGCGAACAACAAAGCGACGCUAAGAAAGGACACUGCGAUCUUCCGGAUUACGCAACCGACGCGGAGGACUGUGCCGCGAUGCCGCAGGGCAAUACGCGUAACCGCAACCGCAGCCGCAGGAAUCGGAACCGACGGCGACAGCCUCAGCCUCAGCCACCGGUGAACGUCACGGAAUCCUCGCGAAAGGCCGAACAGGCGAAGCCCGAGGAAGAGAAUCGCCCGACGACCUCGAGAAACAAGCGCAUUAAUGUCAGCGACGACGACGACAACGACGACGACUCGAAGACGAGCGACUCCGGAUUCGUCCCGGAGAGUCCCGUUUCGGAGAGCGUCGAUUCGACCGAGGACGUGGAUCGCGGACGCAGAUUCCGGUCGGACGAUAAGCGCUGCAGAAUUGAGAAGAUCGAGCUGGCGGCAUCGUCUCCCAGAAUAAUCGAGAUCACGACCGUCAGUAGUUUACCUCUGGAGGCGACGAUCAGUCAUAUCGCCGGGGUGGGCAUCCUGGAGACCGGAAGUGGCAACAGAGCGUCGAAGGAAUCGACGAUAGUGACGGUGUCGGAGCCGAUUGAAUCAAUACAGUCUCCUCCCGGCUACGCGAAGACCAGACUCUCACGAGCGAAUGAGACUCGAUUGGAAAUUCGAGAAGUCAAUGACAGCGAUUCGGAAGCCGACUGUGGGUCAGCGAUCGUCGAGUUCGAAUCCGACGCGGAGAAGGAAUCGAUUGGAGGUGAGGACUCUGAGGCUCGCGAGGUAUCUAAACCGAGGGAUCGAAUCGACCAGCAAUUCGUGCCGCUGAAAAAGUUUUCCAAACCGGAAGCGGAAUCCCCGACUUUGAUGUGGGCCACGGUGAUGCCUAAAGACGUGGAGAAAAAGUUGCGAAACUUCAUCGAGGACCUUCAAUUGCCGAGUUUCUCCGAGGAAGUAAUCGAGGACGAGGGAAGAUCACUCGAGAAAGUCCUGCAGGACUUUGCGGCGGAAGGAAGCAGAUCCUGCGAAAAAGCGGCCGGGUCGUCGCGCCGGAAAACGAGGAGGCGCACGAUGUCGGCGUCGCAUUACGCCAGCAGCUUUCUGGACAUCAUACAGGAGGAGGGUGAACGACUGUCGGAGGACGAGGCGCAGCACAUUCGAGAUUUCAUAAACGAGGAGAUCAGCAAGUACCGGCGGGAAGACAGGCGUUCCGUCGAGAGGACGGCGGUGGAUGAAGUCGAGGCGAGAAGCGUUGAUCCCGGGGAGAUUGAACUGGCUGCCGGGAAGACGGAAUUCGAUAUUAAGAUUAGGACUGAUACGACGGAGAGUGACACUUCGGAAUUACGUUCGCGCGAUAAAGCGAACAAUCGCGAGGAGAUUGAAAACGUCGUGGCCAAUUCGGUCGGAAGCGUCGCGAGUCCCGAAACCGAGGUAGUAAGGAGUACCGAUCCUGCGGCCGAAACGACGAGCGAAAAAGUGGAUGCGAGAAACGACAUCUCGAACGGCGAAUCCGUGGAAAUUGCAGCAAACGCGACGCGAGAUAGUUUAGAGCUCGGGGACUGUUGUACCGUUGAGAAAAUUGAGAUUGUGAAAAAUGAUACCGCGGGAGACGCUGGCGUGGAAAAUAAUAAAGCGGAGGAGGCGGGAAAAAACGUGACGAGUAUCGUGACUGUAAGUGAUAUCAGUGGCGCAGAUGUAGGUAAAGCGGAAGAUAAUAAAUUCUUGCCUGAAGUCGGGGCACCUGCGGAAUCAGAGGAUGUUCCUCGAAAAGAUUCCAUCGAGACGCGCGCGAUCGUUAAUCAUGGCGCGUCGCGAGCGGACGACGUGGUCGUAGUUGAUUCAUCCUCAAAUUCGUCACCGUGCGAAGUAACCCCGUCGGAAACGAAGCGACCGCCGCUGCCGCCGCCGCCGCUACCGAGGAGGUCGUCCAGUUUCGGCCGCGAGCCUCAGAGACCGCCGACGCCACCUGAAAUAGACUAUAUCUCGAGCGGCGCGAACGUACAUCAGCGUCCGUCCGUCGCGGCGGCGUACGGUGGGUCGACGAAUUUAUCCGCGCGGAAGCGCGCGAGUCGUGAAGCCGCGGACGACGAGCCGCCACGACGGCCGGAGCUUCCCGGAACUCGCGAGAGCUCGUCCACGUCGGGGACCGGACGGGCGAUUUAUGGCGCGGAUCUUUCGUCGUGCUCGCGCGACCUCGUCUCGACGUUCGUGGAUCGCGCUAACGAGAUUCUCGGCCGUGUAAAUCGGGUCGGACGCGCGGACGCCGCGACCGGGUGCGCCGAAAUUUCGAUCGGGGGCGGUCGAUCGAUCGCGUCAUCGGGUAUUCGCGACGAUGAUCUGUCACGCUCGCGCGGCACCGGCGGCACGCACGUCGUCGCGUUGGCAAGCGCGACGGGCACGGAAAUAACGCGUCGCGAGGAAGGGAAAUCUGCGACGCCCGCUGCACCGGCGGCAUAUGAUCGAAACGCGUCGUCGUGCCGGCAGGAGGGCGAGGCCGAGGUGUGCGGGUAUCCCUCGGGUCAGACCGCGAAUUCGGACGGGAAGAAUUCCACCGCGGUGUAUCACGAGUCACUGAGGUGCGACAAAUCAGACGCUCGUACGGAUUCCUCGGUGCGAGACAAGUCGACGACGAUGGGUACCUCCGGUUCGAAGAGCAAGAAAAAACCCGAGGGAAAAAACGGGAAGAGCGAGAAGUCCGGCUUUCGGCGCGAGCGAGUAGUGAAAAGCGAGACGUCGGAGACGAGAAUAAUCGAACGACACGAGGAGAGCACGAGCGGUAACCAGCACGAUGGCCUACGCAAUUCAAAGUAUUCGACGUGGGAGUCGAAGCGCGAGGAGAGGCGCGAGGAGAAGUGCGAGAAGGAAGAAACGCGCAGCUCGUCCCGUGAGAGCGACGCGAGGAAUUCGUCCGACGACGAGGCCCCGGUGAGCGGGAGUCCCUCGCUCGAGGGUGAGCUGGGCGACGUUCAAGGGCACGACUCGUCCAGCAGCACCACGUCCUUCAACACCGUCAAGCAUCGCCCGUUGGAGGCGUCGUUGAGCGACAUCAGCGCGAUCGUCCGCGAGACGAGGGAGGAGAACUUGAGAAACGAAGUGGAGGAAUCCCUGAAGCGGAAGCUCGCCUUGCUGAAAAGCGCGGGAGCUGGAUCUGCGAACGAAGUGACACCGGGAGAGAGUUCGCCGCAGCUGCAGAUUCCUCGUUCGUCCGCGGAGGAUCUUUACCGUGCGCCGUCGAAGGAAGCGGUCUCCGUGAAGACUCUCGAGAAAGACGUGUCGCGACAGCCACCUUCCCUGAGGGAGCUCUGCGUCGAGAGGAUUCUGUCGAUGCCGUAUGGUGCGCAGGUGAUGGGCGAGAUCACCACGCCCAAGUUCAACAUCUUCGAGAGUUUGCGGACUCUGCAGAGGUUUGUGAGUGACACGCCGGUGAGCGCGCGACGGCGCGAUAACGCCCGAAAACUAAACUCGAUGCAUGGAGUGAGUGAUCGACGGCUGCACGGACUAACGAAAGCGCCGGACGAGGGCGAGCGGCCUCGUCCUAACGACAUUGCGAACGCUGUUUCAGACCAGGCCAAGUCGAAGAACGUUAAUUUUGAGUUGUCAGAGUCGUCGGAGAGCGAGAUGGAGUGCCGGGAGCCACGGUGGCGCGCGCUCACCACAACGGAGGACCCCAGGCUUCUGGUGUGCCUGUCGCCGUCGCAGCAGGCCACGCAGGUGCGCACGAGUGCCGACACUCUGCUGGACCUUCACCGAAAGUUCCUGAACCGGUACAGUUAUCGCGAGGAGCAGCCGCAUUGCGUUCCUCUGCCGCAGUACCGAGUGGAGAUUCGUCCGAUCAAGGAGAACGAUGCCGCGAAAACGCACAAGCCGACCACUCGAGCGACUCGUCGAGACACCGCAAUCGAGAGCUCCGGCAGCAGGCUGUUGGAGAUCAUCAAGGAAGAGCGAAACGGCUCUCGAAACGAUACACUCGCGGAUCAGCAGACGAAGACGAUAAUCGAUGACGCCACGCGCGACUCUUUCGGGCGCGGGGAUCAAGAGUGUUUCAAGGCCGAGCCUCGGCCGAGCGACUGGUCGAAUCCAGCCAGACGUGAUCACCGAAGCGCCACCGCGGACGAGCUAUUCCUGGCGACGACGAGGGGCGAGGAUGGGGAAUCGAGCGAUGAUAAGCCAAACGGUCACGUGGCCCGAUUCGAUCGGCUUAAGAUUGCGACACGUUCCACCGCCCAGGCUGGACCCCGACCGUUGGCGGGCAACAACGCGGCGAUAACCCGCGAUUCGGAGAGAUUGCUCGCGAAUAACGUUAAGUGUCCGUUCGUGCCGAACGGUACCGAUCGAUCGAUGGACGCCAACGACAAGAGGACGCCGCCCCUCAGGAGGGCGGCCGAACUCGGCAGGCACGUGAAUCCGGCGUUGAUCGACGACAGACUCGAGGUGCCGCCGUUGCCGAAGCGACCGGUCACGGUUGAUAGAUCGUGCAUCGACACGACGAGCAUCUUCGACCAGAAUCCGCCGAGGAGUCGUCUGGAGCCGCGAAGAGGGCAGCAUGAGGCGGAGAAACUGAAGCACGUGGCCGCCGUGGAGAUCAUGGAUAAGCUGAAAGAGCUGCAGACUGAAACGUCGCGGCGACUCGACGGCGACCGGAGCGGUCGCUCGUUACCUCAGGAAUACUUUGCUCAGCAGCUGAGGUACAUCGAGCUGUUGGAGGAGCAACUGAAGAACGUGUUGCUAGCGGAAGAGGAGGAGAGACGGGCCUACGAGGAAUUCCAAACGCAUUUUCAUCGAACGAAACAGUGCGACGAUACGAGGAGAUCGUCUCUCGCUAAUAUCCCCGAGGAGAUCUCGAAAAAAACUAGCGCAAAUCUCGAACGUGAAAUUCCGAUCGACGUCCGUGAGAUGAUGGACAGAAAAUGUGCGGAAGAUAAGCGAGCGAAACCUCGAGGCGUCGAGGAGAAACACCUCAAAGAGGUCUGUCGAAGCGAACCGGGAAUUCAGAAGGAAUCCUGGCAAGAAAAAUCGCGGAAUGUAGAAAAGGAUCGUAUAGAGACGAUCGAUAAAACGGGCAAUCGGCAAUUCCUGAAGAAGGUAUGCCACGGGAACGGGCGCCACGAGGAGGAAUCCUCGGAGAGUAUCGAGCGUGAGGAACGCCGCGUGAUCACGCAGAAGGGAAACUCGGGGAGGGCGGCGGAAAACGGAGCGAUUAAGCCCCGCGAGGGCGAAGUUAACGAACGUCGCGCGGAAGCGCGAUCGACGGGAGCACCGAGGAACGGCUCCGAGGUGUUCGCCGAGAGAACGACUCAGCGUAAGAACGCCGAGGUGAAGAGACCGACGACGUUACCGACGAACGGGGAGGCGUUUCGCCAGCGGAUGUACGACGAGUACGUGCACAAGGUGCUGGAGCGGCAGGAGCGGAAGAGCCACAAAGUCGUGAAGCUCAGCACGCACGAGGACAUCAAGCGCAAAGCGGACGGCGAGGACAUGAGCGCGAUGGCGAGGGAGUUCAUCGAGAAGGCGCGCAGCCGGCUAAACAAGUUCGGGAUCAAUCUCGACGAGAGCGGGACGGAACACGAGGACGAGGAGGGCGACGCCCUGAUCAGCGCGAAAUUCCUAAUAGACGGCAAGGAGCUGCGGGACGUGCGGAAGCUGCCGCAGCAUCUGCGGGAGUUCCUCAAGAUCUCCACGAUGAGCGACGACGAGGAGGGCGAGAACGUUAUGUUUGCCCCCACGUUUAAAGCCUCGUCGGCGAAACCAGGCGUUUGGUCGCCAGGACAAACGCCAGCUGAGAAGGCACCGAGUCCGGAACGUACCAAAGAACCACUGCAGAAGUGCGAGCCGAUCCCGUCGGUUUGGAGCCCCGCCAGCGCUGGCGCGAGCCCCGUCGCUGAGAGGAAGGAAUUUCGUUCCGUGCCGUUCGAGAGUCCUGUGCUGAGCCGGAAGAGGCAGCCCAAGGAAGAGAAGGCGCCUCCGCCCUGGGAAGGCGAGGAGGAGAGGAAGGAGAGCGGCAUCUCGCGAAUCGUGAAUUCGCAUUCGGCACCCUCCCAGGGAUUGAACGCGCUCGCGUCCACGCCGCGACUGCCACGUGCACAGAAUCCGACCAUCACGUUGCUGCAGAAAGCGCGAGAGGGACAAUUGCCGAAAGGAGCAGCUUAUUUAGAGGAGAGCGCAUUCGCCGAUAAGCGACCGUUGAGCGACGAGAGACCAUUAAUUUCGCCGGGAGAGAUAAUCUACACGCUGAAGAAAGAGUACGAGAGUGAGCCGGAAAAGGAGAAUGAACCGCCGAAGAAGAUGGCCGAUCUGGGCCCUCGAAAAUUCGAGGGGAUCGGCCCGGUGACUAGGGAGGGUGUUCCCCUCGUGUUGAGAUCGGAAGUCAAGGAAAGCAAUCAAGCGAAAUGGUACAAGAAAAUGUACGACUCGUUGCACCGCGCGGAUAGAAAUGAUGACUACGUAACCAUAAAAUACAAAUCAAGAAGAGGAGGGAGAUAUGGAUACGGAAGCGGCAGCGGAUAUUUGAGUGAACCGGAACCGCGCGCAUACUCGGAUCGAUCGGUUACUCUCGAUAGCCGUCGACGGCUGCGCAACAAAGAAAAUGACUUCACCACAGCGACUAUGCCCAGAAAGAAUGGGGCGCUGAAAUAUUCGACGGAUAUUUAUAAAAAUCAGCCUGGCCGCAUCGAGGACUAUGAACCAGGGCACUCGUCGAUCGCCGAGAAGGAAGCUAAAGAGUGGUGGGACGAGGUCAUGGACAUAUUUGACGGGCCAUUCGAUCAGCGCAGCACCGCAGCACGUAUCGCGGCCAAGCCGUACAUAACUCAUGCCCUCAAAGAGUCAGGCUACGAGAGCGACUCGACGUUGGUGUUCCGCCGACGAGAAGACAUCAGUCCGCUCAGCCUACUCGAGCAGAGACUGGCGUACAAAACGGUGCAGAGCGGUGGUGACGUACCCCUCCAUGGGCUUCGCAAGCCAGCCCCGGAACGUCCGAAGGAAUACUCGAAUGCACCCCCGCCGCCACCAAAAUCCCAGCACUACAGGGACGAUCGCCAAGAAUCGCCGAGGCGUUAUGUGGAGGGUGAGGUGACGAUUCACUAUCGCUCGCCGGUGCGUGCAGAGGCGAAGGAGCCGCUGAGCGAGGAGGAGCUCGCACGCCGCAGCGCGGAGAACAUGCGGCGCGUCUACCAGGAGGAGCGCCGUCGCAAGUAUCUCCAGGAGCUGCACGACAUCGACUCCCGCAGGCACACGGAUAACUUUAUACCGUCGCAGAAGUCGCCCAUACCCCUGAACCGCUACGACGACUUCGUGGACGAUUUGAGCCAGCGGAGUCGAUCCCAAGAUCAAACACCGGAGCCGCGUCUGGUGGCGAGGGCGCUCUACAAUUUCGUCGGCCAGUCGUCCCGGGAAUUGACUUUCCGCCGCGGCGACCUCAUAUUCGUGCGACGGCAGGUGGACAAGAAUUGGUACGAGGGGGAGUACAACGCGAUGAUCGGACUGUUCCCUUCCAACUACGUCGAGAUCCUACCGUACGACGGUAUGAUGCGAACGACACCGAAGAAGGCUCACGAGGGACAGGCGCGGGCCAAGUUCAACUUUAUCGCCCAGACGAAUCUCGAGCUGUCCUUGGCGAAAGGUGAAUUGGUGGUCUUAACGAGGAGGGUCGACGAAAAUUGGUACGAGGGGCGUAUAGGAAACAGAAAGGGCAUCUUCCCGAUUUCCUACGUCGAGGUCAUCACCGAGCCCGGACUUCGAUCAGAGACACCGAUUCAGAACAAACCGGUCGCGUCUCCGGCGGCGCACAGUCUCUUAGCGAACGGCUCGUCCGGAGGGAAAAUGAGUAUGGGACCCCAUCAUUACGUGCCGUCCAUCCCGGUCAAUAUCAACACAACCCAGCCCCAUUAUAAUUCACUGCCACGUAUGGGAGGGAGCAAGCUGCACGUGUCGCAACUCAGCGAAACCCUGCACAUCGACACGCACUCGGAACCGAUCCCAUACCGGGCGUUGUACAACUACAAGCCGCAGAACGACGACGAGCUGGAGCUGAAGGAGGGCGACACGGUGUACGUGAUGGAGAAGUGCGACGAUGGGUGGUACGUCGGCUCGAGCCAGAGGACCGGCUACUUCGGUACCUUCCCGGGCAACUACGUGGAGAGAUUGUGAGGAAGGCCGACGGUCCAGGACUUGGACGCUGCGCGGCGCAUCAGGGCCCAGGAUAGCUUUCACCAAAGCACUAGGCGGAAUCGUUAGGAUAGGCACUGAAUUUCUCAACGUUUAACCCGAUCGUUGUCUCUGGCAGUACGAAGGUUUUCGCAAGUUACGUUCGGCAGGAGGCUUUUGCUGAAAGAAAUCGCGGUAAUUUGUUUUAUUUUCCUCUUUUCUUCGUUAUAAAAAUAAAGAAUGAAGAUGUAUAUAACACGCAUAAUUGCAAUGCUUGCAUCUUCUACGGCAUUAUCUAUACAGGUAAUUAUGAUUGCAAUUUAUUUUACGAUUAUUAAUUUAUUUCUUUAAUGUGCUUUAAGCGUACAUUUGCAGUUUUAAUUGUUCCGAUGUACGGAAAUUUUAAGAAAUGUUUACAAUCAAUUUUUUUUGUAAUUUACUGAUUGAAUUUUAAUUAUUCUCGCAAAUCCCGAUACCGAAAUUUCGUACCUUCGAAGAUACCAGCUGACGAAUUUCUUCGUUUAAUUUUCGGUGAUAUGAAAUACAAUAUUUUGAAAUACAAUAUUACCAGCUGACGAAUUUCUUCGUUUAAUUUUUGGUGAUAUAUGAAAUACAAUAUUUUGCCGAUCUUGCUCGAAACAUCGCAUUAUAUAUAAUUUCACGUAACUCGUGAAAUGAUUACUGAUACAACGAAUAACACGUCUAAUUAAAUUCACGCGACUGCCGGCGUCGCACGGAAACACUUUCGCCGAGUUCGGCGAACGUGAUUAAAAGAUUUCGUGCAACGUCAAACGACUUUUAUUCUUAUCGUUCCGAGUUUCGCGAUGAAUAAUUCGAGAGGCGAGAGGGUUAAGCGUUCACACAGCAGGAAGUGAAAAAAGAAAACGUCACAAGAGUCUUCCUUUUUGGGUCUAGCGACGAUGUUAAUCGAUAUAACGCAGUCUAGGAUAAGAAGUGUUAGUACUAUCAGUGUUUGCGGCGUGGCGUAAAAGGGCUCUCGUGCGAUCAGAAUUACUGUCGGGAGACAUCGGACAACGACGGGACGGUAUCGACAUUCGUUAAAAUAUCGAUAUUUUACGUACUUCUGUUCUAAUGUCACAUCGAUCAUUCUUUGUUACAAUGAAUAGCCACACAAUCAAACGCACGUUAAUGUUAUACAGAAAUAUCGGAGAUAAUCGCUGAUCGUGCGUCUGGGUCCUUUCUGGCGUCGAAUUUACCAAAAGAUUUUAGCAAGAUAGGUGCGCUAGGAUACGCGAGUUUGUAAGUAGUGUACGAUAACAAUUAGUAACUUAUUGUUACCGGCUGUUCUCCUGGCAGCUGCUACCCUGAUCCAGGAAGGUGUCGAA